AUGAGGUCGCUGUUACUCUUAGGUGUUUUGUUUGCAGUUGUAACAAUUUUUUUCUUCCCUUUUGAGGCCCAUGCCAACAAAUUGGUUCCGAAAGAGGGAAGGAAAGAAAAGAUUGGCCAUCAUGUCCUAGUGAACGCCCAUUCUGGCAGAAAGUUAGAAGGUGAAAAUAAACAAACUGCGGAAAAUGGCGGCGGUGAUAGCGGAGACAACGAAGAUGGAGAUAGUGGUGACGGUGAUGGUAAUGAGGACGGAGGCAAUGAAGAUGGAGCGAGUGAUGGUAGUGAGAACGGAGAUGGAGAGAGUGAUGGUAGUGAGAACGGAGGCAAUGAAGAUGGAGAGAGUGGUAGUGGUAAUGGAGGGAAUGAAGACGGAGAAAACGGUGGCAGCGGAGAUAGUGCUGAGGGUGGUGAUAACGGAGGAGGUAAUGAGGAUGGGGAUAGUGCCGAGGGUGGUGAUAACGGUGGAGGGAAUGAGGAUGGGGAGAACGGUGACAACGGGGAUAGUGCCGCGGGUGGUGAUAACGAAGGAAAUGAAGAUGGAGGCGAUGAAGAUGAUGGUGGUGACGAGGUUAAGCACCUCCUGGGGGCAGACAACAAGAAGGUUGGCGCUGUGCGAGACACUUGGGACAUUCCGCUCAAGCCUCCUGCUGACAAGCUUGGAAACCGUGAUUUGCUCGAUGAAGUAGUCCGCUCCCGAACUAGUUUACCUUUCGAGAAGCAAAGAGAUGUUGGUAUUCCUCUCCAAAGUUCGAGUUGUUUGCACAAAUCAAGGAAUGAAGAUCGAACUGGGAGGUGUGCUCAUCGACCCAACAUUCGCAAUCCAGUUGUUGAGUCACGAGCGAUCAAGCGUUGA